GCCCCGCCCGCCCAGCCCCGCCCAGCCCGCGGCUCGCCCGGGAGCGAUGGCGGCCUCGGUGUUCUGCUGCCUGCGCUGGUGCGGGGACGGCGGCGCCGGGCACAUCCCGCUGAAGGAGAUGCCCGCGGUGCAGCUGGACACGCAGCACAUGGGAACAGAUGUCGUCAUUGUCAAAAAUGGCAGAAGAAUAUGUGGCACGGGGGGUUGCCUAGCCAAUGCACCUUUGCAUCAGAACAAGAGUUAUUUUGAGUUUAAAAUCCAAUCUACAGGGGUUUGGGGUAUUGGAGUUGCAACCCAGAAAGCAAAUUUGAAUCAAAUUCCACUUGGUCGAGAUGUGCAUAGUUUAGUGAUGAGGAAUGAUGGAGCUCUCUACCACAACAACGAGGAGAAGAACAGGCUGCCAGCAAACAGCCUUCCACAGGAGGGUGACAUUGUGGGUAUUACAUAUGACCAUGUAGAAUUAAAUGUAUAUUUAAAUGGAAAGAAUAUGCAUUGUCCAGCUUCAGGAAUCAGAGGGACUGUCUAUCCUGUAGUAUAUGUGCAGUUUAGUAGCUGGAAACGAGUACCACCACCUAGCAGUGGAUCACCAGUAAUGGGUCCACAGAUGACACCUAGGGAAUUACUGCAGUUAAAACAAGUCAUUUGAUGACAGUGCCAUCUUGGAUUGUCAGUUCAGCGAAUUUUAUCACACUCCUCCAACAGGGUUUGAAAAAAUACUCUUUGAGCAGCAAAUCUUCUGAACGUCUUCAUACUGAAAACUUGCACCCCGACACUGUUACAAAGCCUUUGCCAUCUUAAAUAAAGCUUCACAUUUACCUGUAGGAAACACGUGUAUUUUUUAGUAAAGUACUUGUGACUGUUGUCUGAAGAACCAAAUUGUUAACUGCAACACCAGAAAAUUGUGUUACAAAUGGUAGAUUUUGACAACCGUUUUGUGAUGUGAAAAUCAGUGUUUUGGGGCAGUUUUUUCUGAUUAGUAUUUGAUGUAAAUGGAAACUAAAGGGUAUAAUUGCCACAGUAUUAAAUGAACUUUUGUUUUCAAUUUGAGCUUUAUAAAGGAAAUAGUUCAUAUGCGUGACAGUAUGUUUCCAUAAAGUUAAGGGGUAGAUAGUUCUCAUUGUGAUUUUUUCCUAUUCCUUCCCGCUCAGAAGUUAUGUACCUUGUAAAAAGAGAGCACUGUGCUAAUAGUCUGUUUGGAUUGCAAUGUCCUUGUUCUGCACAAUGACUAAUGAUACGAUUGGCAGCUAGAUUUUGUUUUUCUUUUGAAACAUGUAACCUACCAAUUUCUAGUUGUUAAACAGCUAAUAUUCCUAUUGAGUUUAUAUAAAUCUCAUAGCUUUUCAUUUGCUUUAAGUGUGACAGAAUACUUGUUAGUAACAGUCAAAGUAUUAUUUUGUUGUAUGUAAAAAAAGCAAACCCAAACACCAGAUGUAUUUAUGAAGACCAUCAUGCUGUGUUACUCUGGUGGCAGAGUAGGUACAGAUUGUUUAACUAUGAUGUACACAAUGGCAGGGAAGGUAUGUUGGAUAUUACGAUGAAUCUUUACGUCUAAACUGUAAAUCAGAUUAUUCUUUAUGGAAUAUUUUAUUUAAGUGUUUUUUUCUGGAUCCAGUAAUAAAAUGAAUAAUGAUUAA